UUUACAUAAAUUUCUAUUUCCAAACAAAGCAGCCAAGUCAAUGUUUUUUUAACUAAUAAAUCAUUGAUAAAACAAAUGUAAUAAAUAUAUUGUUUAAAAAUAGGAGGCAACGUUGGCAGAAAUUCCUUAAUGUAAUGUUGUCAAAUAAAUUAAACAUGUAAGCUAGUUCAAGCUUUCCAGUUCAUUAGUUUGCUUUAUUAAGAGAACGAGAGGGCCACAAGAUGCCUGAAAUGGACCAAUACCCCCCUUGGGUGGGCCUUAUUUACAUCUUCAAUCUGAUCGUUGGAACUGGGGCCCUGACACUUCCGGCUGCUUUCGCGGACGCAGGUUGGCUUUUUAGCACCAUUGCCGUGAUGGUUCUAUGCUUUGUUAGCUUUAUCACCAUUACUUUCGUUAUUGAAAGUAUGGCUUGUGCCAACGCAACGAUUCAGUGGAGGAAGAUUCAAGAACACAAGGUGGAUGAAAGUGAGGCUCUAUUGAACACUGACUCAGAUGGUAGUACUGUGCUCGACAAUUCAAGGCCCUGCUUUAACUUGAACCAUAAAGUUGAACUUGGGGAGAUGGCUUCCCUGUAUCUAAGUAAGAGUGGUCACAUGUUGUUUUUUAUAACCCUUUGUAUUUAUCUUUUUGGGGAUUUAACUAUAUAUGUGGCUGCCUCAGGUAAGACUUUGGUAAAUUUAAGUUGUACCGGGACCAACAGUUCUGAAAACUUCACAGAGCCUUGCUGGGAAGACUCUGAAGUAACAAGAAUGGACAUGUAUAGGAUUUACGUGGUCUUAUUCGGUCUGCUGGUCGGGCCUUUUACGUAUUUUAAUGUGCAAAAAACGAAAUAUUUGCAGUUUUUCACUAUCAGUAUCAGAUGGAUAGCUUUUACCAUUAUGGUGACCCUUGCUUGUGUCAGAUUAAUAAAUAAUGGCCAGCAGGGACACCCCAGUUUAAUAAACGUGGCGGAGAUUCCCGCCUUGGCGGGCUCCAGUGUUUACAGUUUCAUGUGCCACCACUCUCUGCCCGGCCUCUUAGCCCCCAUAUCAAAUAAAAACCGAAUUAUACAAAAAGUCAGUGUGGAUCUGGUGCUGAUUUGUGGCUUUUACUUGCUACUCUCCCUUACCGGUUCUUUCGCUUUUAAAUCCAUCGACGUGUUGUAUUCGUUAAAUUUCAUGCCGGCACACGACUCCGGGACUUUUAUGAAAACGAUUGGAACGUUUUUGGCCGCCUUCCCAUUAUUUCCCAUGACCGCCAGUUUCCCAAUAAUCGCCAUCACGAUGCAAGGCAACUUGAAACAUUUAUGUUUCGAGCCGCACACCCUCGAAAGGCGGGGAUUUUUGGUGCGGCGACUGUUGUUUCCCAGUUUGGCGAUUUUUCCGCCCCUCAUUACCGCCCUGUCCACGCACAACUUGAAGGGUUUAAUCGAGAUUACCGGGUCUUAUGUGGGGGUGGCGGUGCAGUACAUAAUUCCCGCCCUACUGGUGUGGAACGCGCGCAAGUAUUGUUCGAAGUAUUUAAAGUGUAAUGUGCACAGAUAUUCUAGUCCCUUUAGGCAUUUUGGGUGGUUUCUUUUUGUACUUUUAUGGUCUUUUUUGUGUAUAGUGUUUGUCACUGUUGAUUUGAUUUUAGAUCAUUAAAAUGAUGUUAGGUUAGAGAUUAAGUAUACAGGGAGUUUCAUAUAUGCAGUACUGCUGUAGAUUCUUUGUUUUAGAGACUAAAGCAAGAAAUUUUUAUAGUGGCAUCUCAUAUAUGUUUAAUACUUCAAGAGCCCCCUCUAUACUUUAUUUUAGGGUAGUGUGUACAGCUGUAAAACAUUUAUAUGGUGAUUUUCAGAUUAAUUUAUAGAGGAAAAAAUGUAAUUAUGGGCUACCAUUAUUGGUUUUUUCUUAUUACCAAUUUAUUCAUAAUACUUUGGUUACUCGUUUCGUCUGCAAAAGGGAAUACAACUAACCUAAUAAUAAUAAUAUUAAUAUUCUUUAACGAAAAGAUUCUAAUCACAAAGCAACGUCAACUUUAUUCUGGUGAUAGUUUAACCCCUUCAGACCCAAUUUUUUUUUCACUAACAAAAAUUUUUUUUUUUUGGUUGUUAGAAGGGUACAAAAAGGUAAAAACUCAUAAAAAACUCAAAUUUUAAUUUUUUGUUUUUAAAAAUAUUUAGUGUACAUUAGAUACAUGUGGUCCAAAACACCAAGUAAAAACUUAAAAAAUUACUUAUAUGUAUACAAAUAAAAUUGUUUACCUAUAUUCUAGGAUUUAUAGGAAAUUUUGUAAAACAAUUCUUCCUUUCAUAAGGCAUAAAUGCACUAUACAUUUUUGACAAAACGCAUGUGUUCUUCCUUUGCAACCAACUAAUUUGCAUUUAGUUGCUUCUUUAGAUUCAUCAGUGGAAGAUGAUCAAUAUUGUCAAAUUGAAUUUCUGUUAAAGGUCGUUUUUCAACUUCUUUCUGCUCGUGCAUGUGGUACAGGCGAUGAAGAUGACGAAGACGGUCUCCCUCUUUUACUGACAUUAAUUGGUUUGGAAUAAUAAAUCAAGCUUUCAGAAAUGCUAAUCAUCUAAUCAUUGAUCUAAAAUGAUUGAUUCGUCAUGCAAUUGAUUGGUCUCUCGUGAGUGGCCUUAGCUUGCACAAUUUAUCUGGCAUGUCCAAAGCUUCAUUAUCUGCAAAAUGAAUAAAUCGACUAACUUGUAAAAAACGAUCCCUUCUCAUUGCUUCGUGUAUACCAUUUUAUUUCGAAUAUCUCCUAAUAACUGCGCUUUGACGUACAUUAUAUGCGCUUACAAGUAAUAUUGCAAGAAAAAUUCAUAGUUCGUCUACAGCAAUUUGAGGAUCUGGACAACUUAUGUACAGCGCAUAGUUAGAUGUUUUCUUUACGGUUUAAUCUAGUAAUUCCUCUGAAAAGUUCAAAAAUUUGAGUGUUAAAUAUAUGGGUGGAUUUCUUUUAUUUAAAUAAAUAAAUAAAUAACGCUUUUAUUUAAGUAUUUCUUUGUACAUACAAUGCAAAAACAUAUGAAAAUGUGCACUCACAUCAUAUGCACAAAAAUUAGCGCAACUGGCAAAGUUUAGCCUCCUGGCCAUUCUUCCACUCAACCAAUUCGCCGGAUAUUAAGUUCACCAUCUUUAAAUAUGAACAGAGAAAGGCCAAUAGAAUGCUUUUAAGAGAUACCACUGAGGAUAAAACAGUUUUUUACCAAACAAAACAAUAUAACAUGCAGUACAUAUAUACAUAUAAUAUAUCUGUCACUAAAAAUCUACUGCACAUCUAAUAAAUACCUCUUGUACUUAGACCUUAAAUGAAGCUCUCAGAGCAACAAGGUACCUUGGUACCAAGGUAAUUUUGUGGGCUUUUGAUGUUUCUUUUUUAAUUUUGUGUUCCAAGUGCGGCCCAAAAAUUCUCUAUUGGGUUCAAAUCAGGUGAUCGGUAUGGCCAAUUCAAUACUUUAAAUUUUUUCAGAUGGCAACAAGUUCCUCUCCAUACCUAAAUUUUUCUGUUUUUAUAUAAAUUGCUUAUUGGACACAGAUUGUUGAGAUUUUUCAAGAUUUUGCUUACUUACCAUUAUUUUAGAUUCAGAUAGUCAUUCAAGCUCACUAUCAGUUAUAUAGUAAUCUCAGUAUGCUAUACUCAUUUGAACUAAAAUGACUUUCAGACAAAUUGUCUGACCACUUUUAUUGGCAUUGUUAAAUAAUUUUUAUCUCGUAAAGAGCGAUUAUGCACAGCCUCCCUAUAAAUUAGUUUUUUAAACAAAUAUACUGAUUGUUGACACGUAUUUAGUAUUCUAGAAAAUAGAGUCAAAUUAAAAUUAUACCAGUUAUCACACUUAAGCCAACCCAUCUCUUUUAUAUUUUCCAAGACAUGAUUGAAUUUUCUUCAUUUAUAAACAAAUCUACAGUAUGUAUUCUGAACGUAUUGUAUCCGUUUUUUAUUUACAACAUGUAAGAAUGGAUAAUAUAUUAUGAAAAAAUACAAAUUAAUAGACAUAAUUUAAUUUGAUGCUUUUUCUUCUACCUCUUGAAAAUUCUCUGAUUCUGUCACGAUAAAUCAUUUUCAAAGUCUCUUUCUUUCAUCUUAGAACAUUGAAAGGAUAGAAUUAGUAUUGUCUGUAGAACUACGGGCAGUUUGUUUGCUGGCAAUUCAAUUGUCCUUUAAUAAAAUAUUCCUUUUUUUGGGGUCACAAUGUUAUAGACCAGAAUCUGCACUGCAAAAAUCUGAAUUUGUAAAGAGAAUUAUUGAAGAAUGCGCUAAAACGUAGCCUCCUAUUCAAGAAAUCAAAGCUUUCCAUGCUAUUUUUAUUAAUUAAAUGCGUUUAUUUAUGUGAUUUGGUUUUUUUCUUCUUACGGGCUUAUUUAUCAACCGAUUUAAAAAAUAAUCAUAUCAAAUUGUACAGAAAAAAAAUCUGUAUGUCAAAAGUGGCCAAGAACGUGGUAUUUAAAAAAAUAAAAUAAAUGCCAAAAUUACUGGCUUGGACAUUUUAAGUAACGGUGUUAAAGAUUUAAAUAUUUUAUAAUUUAAAUGAAAACGAUUUUUCCAUGAUUACUCGAUUAACAAUUAACUUUCAACGCAUAAAGUGAGUGUCAAACCGAAGUGAGUGUGUUAAACCGAAAGUGAUGAAAAACAACUGAAUAUGUCAAAAGAUGCUCUUAUAACAAUUCCAUCAAUAUACCAAAUUAUUUAUACAUAAAAAAAUGUAUUUUAUUUUAAGAACACACUUGGAUAUAUUGCAAUGCAACGACCCUUGUCACGCCUGUCAAAGGAUAUAACUGGAAAAUAGUACGCGACUACGCAUGUUAAAAUGUACAUAGUUGCUAUGUUAACCCUCUAAUGCAUACAUUUAUUUCUGCAUUAAAGAAAUUAUUUUUGUAUAAUUUUGUUAUUUAAAACAUAAAUCUAAUAAUAUAAACUUACUUAGACGUCUCUUUCAUCCCCUUGCUGUCCGAUAAAAACAGGACGCCUUGAGGCGGACCGGUUUAUUACCGCUAUAUUGUGUUAUGAAAUAAUAUAGAAAAAUGCUUUUAUUUUUUAUUAUGAAAAUCAAAGAAACAGGAUUUGGUUGGAGAGUUACAUAAACUUAAAUUACAUUUUAGACAAAAUGCUUGAGUUGCUGACGUACAUUUUGGAAAUUUACACUGUUUUUUACCUGAUCGAUCACGGAAUAUGCACCAAUGUCCUACUUGAUCGAAUCGAACGUCUUCUGUUGGUAGGUAUGCUCGCUUUUUUAGCACAGGUGAUGAUCUGGGGGACGAAGAGGAUGGUCGACCAACGCUUCUUUUACGUCCGAUUUAUCCAUAAUUGCAAAUCGAUUCAGCCACAAUCGACCUAAAAACUGGUAACUCGAUUUUUUCUUUUUCAGAGUGAAUGCGGUGGUACAAUAGUACGAAUUUACGAUCGCGACGUCUAUAAGAUGAUACAAGAUGCGGUUGGACCAUUUGCGAGUUUUCAUCCGAAUGUGAUAUUCUAUCUCCCUAUUAGUCCAUCCAUUAAAUCCACACCUCCCAUGUAUCUAUUGUAUUCUUUGAUAAUUUCUGGACAAUCAAUUUCGUAGUAUCUUUUCUCUUUUCUAUCCCAGCGAGCUGACUUUAUAACUUCAUUUGCGUACGUAGAGGCAAAAUUUUUUGUCCCAGCGUAAGAAGAUAUAAGUCGAACAGUCUUGGUGUCAUGCCACAAAACAGAGGUUAUAUCAAUACCAAAUGCAUUUCCUAUAUAUUCUUCCGAAUAACCUCUUUCCACUUUUUUUUUGCUAUUUCAGCAUCACUUGAUAACUUACAAUUGGGUACACGAUUUGGGCGCACAGUGCCUAAUGAGUAAAUACCUCUACUUCGGAGAUAAACAACUAGGCCUAGAGACGUGUAAGGUUUAUCAAAAUAAACGAUGUGGUUUACAAAAUUUGGAAUAUGGAUGCCCCAGAUUUGGAGAGUUUGAAGGAAUUAUAUUAUCUCCUGCACCAGUAUAUAUUUCAAAAGCAUACGAAAAGCCUAAAGAAUCACAAAAGGGAAAACAUUUUAAACCCCACUUAUGCGGUUUAUUAGGUAGAUAUUGCCUAAGAGGGCUUCCAGUCAUUUUUGUUGCGCACAUUUGUUCAUCCACGCAAAGUCUUGGAAGCAUUGGUACGGAUACAUUGUUAAAAUGUGUUAUGAGGGGCCGAACCUUAUACAAACUGUCUUAUUCUGGUCUACCUUUGCCAGGCAUCGUUAAGUUAUCGUUGAAAUGAAGAUACCGUCGAAUCUCCUCAAAUCGCAACACCGGCAUCGUCUGACGAAUCCCUUCAAAAGAAUGUCUUCCCCAAUAUGAUCUUACAUUUGGAUAACGAUAAACCGACAUAUAUAUAAGUAUUCCAAUAUAUUGUCGUAGUUCAGUUGCAUCUGUAGUGAACUUCGUGAAAAUAUUUUUUUAGCGUGCAUAUAAAUUAGUCUGUUCGGUCAGAUGCAGAAAAAAAUUGUCAUUCAAAAAGUACCGAACGCAAUCAAAGGGAGUGUUUAGAUGCUUCAAAGCAGCUGGAAGUUGUUUUUCUCCCCGAAAUACGACUUCAUUUAUGUGUAAUUGAAGAUUUUUUUUCCUCCAAAUAAUAGAUUUGAAUUCCGGCGAAUUGUUAGUUAUGCCAGUAAUAUCCCCCGAAAACGUUCCUGUGGUAGGAACUUCUGGCCCAUCUUCUUCUUCAGCAGGUUCAGGCGGUCGGACACGAUUGGAACGCUUAUAAGUUGAUUUACGCUUUGAACUAGUAGCACUAGCAAGACGUUUAUCUUCUUCAGUGGGUGGUUUAGGUAUAUUGAAACUAGUACUUGGUUUCGUGCUUGGUUCACUUAUUGACGAAUUAUCAGAUGAUUGGGCUGGUUGCUCUGGCUCUAUUUCUUAAAAGUUGUCUACAACUUCAAAAGAUGUUUCAUUAUGAUCGAGUUUUAACUCAUCUUCGGCAGUAACCAACUAGCUAGCGUCACUGUCUAUAUCACCCUCGCUAUCAGUGUCGUCAGGAAGACCCUCAAUUAUGUCAAACGCCUCAUCUGAUGAUAUUUUGGAAGUAUCAAAAUACUUGCGAGAUCCAGCCAUAACUGAAAAUAUCGCAAAAUCUAUUAUAUGUAAUAACGUUUAUUUACCAAUUUGUAGGAAAAUUUAUAUUAGGCAUUGCAUAUGUCCGCCUGUAGGCGGGUACGCUUGUAGAGGGGCUCUUGGCGGUCCUAUUUAAUUUUAGCAACAACUAACAUAAAUUUCUUAAAACAAUAAGGUACAAAUAACUUACUGAUAAUUCUCUUAACACCAAAAUCCAUUUGAAAACAAUUUAAAACUUUCCACCAAAAUAACAAUCACGUACGGACUCGCUUUUUGACCCGAUUUCAAAUGAAAAUUAUUUGAACCAGGUGUUGUUUACGUCGAUGCAAAAAGUAGGCAACCAAAUAUACAUUAGAAUAUUGAGUAGAAUUUGCCGGAAGGCAAGCAUAUGCAGUAGCGUUAAUAAAAGACAUAUUUUGGUUUUAAAUGGAAUUUGAACGUCCGCCUUAAGGCGGGCAGGUGCAUUAGAGGGUUAACUGACAGAUUAUGUAUGUGGUAUCGGAAAUACCGCCCUAACCCAUAUUGCAAGCCUAGCCCAUAAUUAUAUCUUCUCCUCUAUAUAAUGUGCUUCCUUAAAAGUCAAUUAUUUAAAAGGUGUUCUGUUAUCUUAUAUGACAUGUAUAUACUAUGUAUGUUCUCUAUGUUUAUAAGAUAUUUGAGAUGGAAUGUAUUAGGAAAAAUUAGGAUAUUAAAAUAGAUACCCUGGGGAUGUAAAUUUAGUUUAAGGUAAUCUUGAAGCACAAUUUCCUAGUAUUUUCAGUUUUAUAAAUGUGUUCGCAACAACAGUGUCCUUGCCAACAGUAUAAAUUCAAUUCUUUCCUUAUCUGAAGAACUGUGAUAGUUUUACUUGAGUUUCUUAUUUAAUUACCAUAUCUUCUUGAUAGAAAACCUAAAUUUAAUUUUAUACAAUAUAUAGAAUAGUCCCGAUAUAUUUUUAAACAACAAAACCUUAUCAGUGUUAAAUAAAAAAGUAUUUUGAACAAAA